GACGAGCAGAAACCAACUUCUGUCAGUGGAAAAUUUACAGAUCACUGUUCAGACACAAAGAAGACAUCGCAACAGCGAAAACAAUGAUUUUCCUGUAUGUGAUCUUCACGGCUCUGACAAAAACAGCUCUGGGAAAAGGGUCGAUUGAAUGCAAUUUCUCUGAACGCUCUGGAGCUCAGCAGUGUUUUGGAGCCGUUGGACAGCUGUUGAUUUUUCAUUUGCCAAAUGCAACAAAUACAGAGGUUAAAUUGACAAAGGAUGAUAAAUAUCUUAUUUUAAAAAUAGUCAAAAAUCAGACAGUGACUCUGCAUGAGGAAUAUGCAAAUCAGUUUGAACGCUUCACCAAUGGAACAAUCAAACUAGGUAAAGCAAUGAAGAGACACUCUGGAGAUUACCUGUUGGAAGAAUUUGGAUCUAAUGGUGUUUCACUGAAAAAAGUGAAAGUCCAUCUAGAAAUACAAGCUCCAGUUUUAAAGCCAGCUGUGUCUCAGAUGUGUUUGUCACAAGAAGAGAUGAACAUCAGCUGCUCCUCUGAGGGAGAUGGAGUAGAGUUCAUUUUGACUUUGGAUGGUCACUCACUGAUACAGAGCAGAGGCCACAGCCAUUCCCCAAGCAACUGGACAGCAAACAUGCAGUCAGUAGCUGGGAAUAAAACUGAACUCAGAGUUUCAAAUGUUACCAUCAGCUUGCAAGGUCAGCUGACAGGAAACUUGCAGUGUAAUGUUUGGAACAAUGUCAGCAGAGAUGAAACAGUUAUUCACCUACAAAGCUGCAAAGAUUUUGUUUCUUCCUUUGUGAUCGUGACUGUGGCUGUGGUAGCUGGUGUUGUCACUCUCCUUCUCCUUGUGUCUCUGUGUCUUUGUAAAAUACAUCUGCAUAACAAACAGGGUAACUCUGAAGAUGAAGCUGUCUACACAAAUGUUAGAGUGAUGAAAAAUACAAGGAAACCAGACCCAACUCACACCUGAAUGCAAGAUAAUUGUUUUCCCUAAAACAUUAUUAAGCAUUAUUAAUGUAACUUUAUUAUAAGUAAAAACUAAUUACCACGUGUAGAAUGAAGUUUGUGCUUAUUUGUAAAUAGGAUACUUGUUACUAUUGAUUAUUUUCACAGUAAACAGAAUUGUUUUAUUUUCUCUAUAUUUUUUUGAGCUCCUGCUUUUAUAUGGGUUUUUUUCUGUCAAUUGCCUUGUAGUUGUGUGUUACACUACCGAGGGCUGCAGUCUAUGUAUUUCACUCUUGCCGCCUUCAAGCUCCUUGGGUUCAAAUAAGCUGACCUGCUGCUGUGUCAAGGCAGCUACUAGGGCUGGGCGGUAUAUAAUGUAUACCGAUAUAAUUUCAAAAGAGAAAGAGAGAAAUUAGACAAUACCGUUUAUACCGAUAUAGUUUGAUGUUGAGUUAAUUAAUAUGUUUCCGUAAAGUCCUGCCAGCGUUUGCUCCUCUCUCUCUCCCUCAUCGCGCAGCCCCGCCCCUCCCUCUGCAUCUGUACAAGAUGGAGGGAGACACAGUGCUGGUCGACACUGUUAAAUAGCUGGCUUGUAAAAAGAAAAGCACGGUUCAUUGUUUCCCACACAUACACUUUACAGCGGCGGGCCGCCCAGGUUAGGCAACAGACAGUAGCAUUUAUCAGAGAAACAGUGAUUCCGUUACAAGUCGCGACAUUGUGGAUAUUUUAGAAGAGCAGACCAGGUAAAGCGACAGUGAUAGGCUACGUGGUCAACAGGCCUCCUCAACAUGCAGCUCAGCUGCUGCUGUGAAGGGAAUCACAGGAGAAAAAGUCCUGAAGACAAGUUCUGUUUUUUUUUUUUCUGUGACUUUAUACAGCCUAUCACCGAAGAAAGUCACCAAAGCGGACAUACAGGGAGAGAGAGACGGUCCCUUUUCUCAGCUCGCCUCGCCUCGACUCUACUCACCUUCUUUAGGUUUUCCAUUGUGUAAAAUAUAUAUUUUAUACCGGAAUUCUACCUAACAGUACUGGGAUAUGACUUUUUGGCAUAUCGCCCAGCCCUUGCAGCUACCACUCACCAUGUAGUUUGCACUUGUGCUGAUCACUUUGUUGAGUCCUGUGUGUCUUUUAUUGCCAAUUAGUAGCUAUCACGUUAAUGAUAGUUUUGUGUUGUGAGACUGGUCUCACGGCAUCUUGCUGUUAGCUGUGAGCUAAAUUCUUGUGUGUUGCCAGUUAGUGUUUACUGAGAGUCAGUAACACUCCUGUCUCAAACUAAAUGAUUUGUUUUUUGUUUGGUGUGCAGAUUUGGGCUAGGGAUCAGCUUACCACUGAUACACCUUUAUACUUUUAGUCAUUUGUUGUAUUAGAUUCACUAGCUUUAGAGGUUAUUAAUCCCUUGUAUAGAAGGGAUCUCUUUUUGUUAUAUUUUGUUCUUUGGUUUAUGCAGCACCCAAUUGUCCAGUUUCUGUUCUGAUUUUUGUUUGUUUCCCCUCUGUUUAAUAAAUAACAUUUUCACUUCACCAAGUACAUCUGGUUUAUAUUUAUAUUUACCCCUAGCAGGUGGGGAUGUAACAUAAUUGGGGGCUCAUCCGGGAUUUGAAUUGGAUCUGGUGGAAAGUUAUUUGUUACUCAGAGUUUUGAGUGGACACAACUGAGCUUCGGGGAAUGCAGCUGGCUAACUGAGCUAUGGCGGUCCGUUUUGAUUUGGAUUCUUUCGCUUGUCGUGAAGAUGUCUUAAUUUGUAUAGCCUGCCAUUUUGGAAUCACAGUUGCCAAAUCUUUGUUGAAAAAGGAUCUUCGGACCCGGAUUAUUGAUGGCUUGGUAGAGCAGGGACAGAUUACCUGAGCAGACACAGCAACCUGUGGGAGUGGCACUUCCAGCAGACAUCCAUACACAGGUGGACGAUGUGUCCAGCCGCAAAGCCCAGCCUGACUCGGGGUUGGCUGGCGAGGCAGGUGAGCGGAUGAAGUAGAGUGUGACAAGGCUGUGAGACUGCGGAAGCUUGAGCUGGAAAACCGUCUGCCUUAGGUAUGCCACAACCCUCUCCCUCCUCUGAUCCAGCUUACCUUCCCAAAUGAAUUUGGAUGAAGGUAAGCAUAUCAUUAUUAUUAUUAUGAGUAGUAGUAGGCCUAUUAUCAUUACUAGGUUAUUGCUAUAUAAUUAUAUGAG